AUGAGAUCACGGACAGUGCAUUGGGCUAGUCGGCCUUUCCACGCAGUUGAUAGAGAUGCCAUCAGUAGUGUUGAUGAUUUGACCUCGACCAACUGGCAGGAUCAGCAUUGCGCUUUGCAGUGCCUGAGCGGAUUCCUCAGGUCUGAUGUGCCUAGUCAGGAGCACGAACUGCGCAAGUGGUCACCAGGGAAAAUACAACAAUUGUGCAGCGGUUUGGUAUUUACGACGUCCAGCCUGCGAUCACAGAUAUCAAGAAUGGCCAUAACGAUCAUUAAAUCCACUAUCAGGCAACUUUCUCCCUCGCAACUCGAGCCAGUCACAAUGAAACUCUUCUUCGGCCUAAUCUCCCGUGUUGGUGGUGACGCAAGUUCAUCUUUCCUCCGCACUGAAGCCUGUGAAGCAAUAUCCCUCCUUGUCAGUCAAGCGUCUCCUUUCAUUAUCGUUACCUGCCUCAAUGACGCUUGCCACAGCAUCCAAGCAAGAAGUGUGGCUGGCCGAAGAUGUCUCGCCCAUUGCUAUGCCUCUGUCCUGCCUCGCCUUCUCCCACCCAAAGCUUCCUUGUCGAAGGCCAGCGAUAAGCCUAUAGGCACAGGCAAACGAAAAGACAUAUUUGAUAAGAUUUUAUUCCACGUGGUCUCUUUCCUUAGGGAUGGGGAUCUCGAAACAAGACUUUUGAGACGUCUCUCAAGCCGGCUGAUGGCCUCCGGCACCAAAGGCGAUUGCGCAGCCAGCCUCCACCUUACCGUAGUCCUCCAGUGGGCAAAGUGCAUUUAUCCUUGUGUGAAGCCGAUUCAUCCAGGCGAUCGGACUGGCAUCAAAGUCUCUUGUCUCUUCAUGAGCUUGGAACUCGGCUAUUGA